AUGAUAUCUUUCACGACACGAAUAUCACGGGUUACAUUUUCUUCUAAACGUGUAGCACUUCCGGAUGGCCCUUCAUUGCAUGAUUUUAUUGAAACAGGAAAUUCAAAUGAUGCUGUGGAAAAAUACGGAAUACAGAUGAAAUUGGAAGCUAAUGCUAAAAGAUUGCGUUUACCACCAUGGCUAAAACGUAGCAUACCUUCCGUGGAUAAUACAAAUUUUACUCACCUCAAGAAACAAGUGAAAAAAUUAAAACUUGCAACGGUUUGUGAGGAAGCUAGAUGCCCCAAUAUUGAAGAAUGUUGGAGUGGUUCAAAUAACGUACCAUCGACAGCAACUAUUAUGUUGAUGGGUGACACAUGCACUAGAGGAUGCAAAUUUUGCUCUGUUAAAACCUCACUCAAGCCGCCUCCUCUUAAUCCCGAAGAGCCAAUAAAUACAGCUAAAGCUAUUGCUGAUUGGGGAAUCAACUAUGUUGUGCUCACAUCUGUAGAUAGAGAUGAUAUUGAAGAUGGUGGUGCAUCCCAUAUAGCAGCAACCGUGAAACAUCUAAAACAAGAGUGUCCGAAUAUACUGGUGGAAUGUCUCGUACCUGAUUUUCGUGGUUCAUUGAGUUCCGUCGAGACGAUUGCUUCUUCCGGUUUAGAUGUUUAUGCUCAUAAUAUGGAAACCGUUAGAAGAUUAACACCAUGGGUACGAGAUCCGAGAGCUACCUAUGAUCAGUCACUGAAAGUUCUAGAAUAUGCGAAGAAAUUUCGUGCAGACAUUGUCACAAAAACCUCAUUAAUGCUUGGUUUAGGCGAGACAGACGAAGAAGUUUUAACAACAUUACAUGAUUUACGUAAAAUCGGUGUGGAUGCACUUACAUUUGGUCAGUACAUGCAACCUACCAAAAGACAUUUGUUGGUAAAAGAGUGGAUUACUCCAGAAAAAUUUGAAGAAUGGCGAGAAGUGGGAGAUAAACUGGGAUUUUUGUAUACGGCAAGUGGCCCUCUUGUUCGAUCAUCUUACAAAGCUGGCGAAUAUUUCUUGGGAAAAGUAGUAAAGAAUCGCAAACAAGGUGUUCAAGAAAAUUAG